UCUCCCAAUCCCGCAGCACUUGCUCCUCCUGCCUGCGGUCACAUCUUGUUGCCAGAAAUUCAGUGACAGUGGAUUUUUUUUCCCGUUAUUCAUGCUCUGCGUCAUUUCCUUCAUUUAAUCACUUUUAUUUUGCAAGACAUCUCAUCGAGGCGCCGGUCCAGUGUUGCUGCAGUUUUAUAUCCUUGCUCGCAGCCCGUUUGGAGUCGCUUUUGGAUGUUUUAUUAUGGACGGUUAGAGAGCACUGAUCCGUCAGCCGGCGUUAAGACCUCUCAGCUUUAAGGAUAAGAUUCUUAUUUAGAAACAGUUAUAUAAUCGGGUAAAAAUACUGGCAUUCUGAGCGCACGUAUUCCCGGUACGUUUAGCAGCUUAUUAUUUAUUGUAUUCGGUUGUGGCAAGACAAUUCCCGUCCGUGUUGAUGCCAGAUCUGCAGCGCUUUAGUUUUCCAUACCAUAGCAUGAAUCCUUUGUUGGGGGCCAACGCGCAUCUCCAACAGCAUCCGCAGCAGAGUCAAUCUCCCGGACACCCGGACUCUCCUUCAGGCCUCCUGUCCGACACCGUUUUCGGUGGACCCGACCCGACCUCCUUUUUGCUGGGUGAGCAGUCCGGGCCGGGGCCUGAUCCGCCGUGGCCUGACUUCACCGCACCCUCACAGACGUCACUUUACCUCCCCCACAACCACAGCCACUACCACCAUCGUGUCGUUUCGCACCCCCCUGCUGCCAUGGCGCUUAGAAACGACUUGGGAUCCAACAUCAGCGUCCUCAAAACUCUCAAUCUGAGGUUCAGAUGCUUUUUAGCAAAAGUGCAUGAAUUAGAGCGUAGAAAUAAGAUUUUAGAGAAACAACUGCAGCAGGCGCUGGAUGCCAACAAAGGCUGUCAAGGUGGAUGCAGUGAGAGCAGGGGACAUACCCAGGAGGCAGGUGUACAGACUGGAUUUGUCGGGACCAUACCUCUCAGGCCCGGCUCCCUCCCCUUCCACAACACCAACAACUCAGCCAGGAGGCCUACAACACUGUUCACACCUCCCCACGCUACAGCCCUCCCGACUGCAGCCGCCGGAAACUUCAGUUCAACCCAAACAAAUGCCACUUGUAACCCAGCCAUCACCAUCAGCCAGGCCUCCCCCUGUGUGGACUCCCCUAGCUCUGGUUAUAAAACUUUCUCCAACACCAGUGCAGGUCUUGGGAGCUCCACCAACCCUCCUCCACGGUUUCUCCCGGGCACCAUCUGGUCCUACAACCACACACGCAAGUUUGGCGGUGUGGAGCGUCUGACCAGCCCAGGAUCGUCCUGGGUGCACCCUGACGGAGUCGGGGUCCAGAUUGACACCAUCACCCCUGAGAUAAGAGCCCUGUAUAACGUCCUGGCCAAAGUGAAGAGGGAGAGAGACGAGUAUAAGCGCAGAUGGGAAGAAGAAUACACUAUGAGGGUGGAUCUGCAACAGAAAAAUGCAGACCUAGAAGAGGACCUGCAAGAGAGUGAAGGCUGUCAGGACGAGCUGGCUGUCAGAGUUCAGCAGAUGAAGGCAGAGCUGGUUAUCUUCAAAGGCCUCAUGAGCAAUAACUUGUCAGAGUUGGACAGUAAGAUCCAGGAGAAAGCCAUGAAGGUGGACAUGGACAUCUGCCGCAGGAUCGACAUCACCGCUCGUCUCUGUGACGUAGCUCAGCAGAGGAACUGUGAAGAUGUGAUCCAGAUGUACCAGGUUCCUAACAUCCAAUCGUCCCUAAACGUCCGCCGGAAACAAACUCCUCUGUCUUUCAACGGUAGCGAGUGUGACGAACCUGUCAGCACCUCUGAAAGUGAUGGGGGAGUGGUCAAAGAUGAAGAGCACUGUGGCUCAUCAGCCAAUCAGAUCAAUGAGGAGAUGCAGAGGAUGCUGAACCAACUACGUGAAUGUGAGUUUGAGGAUGAUUGCGACAGCCUGGCCUGGGAGGAGACUGAAGAGACACUGCUGCUCUGGGAGGACUUCCCAGGAUGCACUCUGCCUCCUGACCCCACCCACCCACCAGGAGAGGAUGACUGUCUGGAAAAGGUGAUUAAUGACACAGAAUGUCUUUUCAAGUCCCGAGAGAAGGAAUACCAAGAGACAAUUGACCAGAUUGAGGUGGAUCUGGCCACAGCAAAGAGUGACAUGAACCGACACCUCCACGAGUACAUGGAGAUGUGUUCGAUGAAGAGAGGCCUAGAUGUUCAGAUGGAGACCUGCAGGAGACUCAUCACACAGAGUAGAGACAGUAACUCUGAUGCGUCUGCGUCCACUGAGGAUGGCGACCAGAGAGAAAGCGACAAGUCCUUAUCAUCGCCGCCUUCUUCCUCGUGCGCUAGAAGAUCUUGACACUUCCUCACUCCGGCAGCAACGGGGGCUGUGCUCACGUGACCUCCACCGCUUCCAGCUACAGUACCACACCGACGCAAUACACACCUGUAACUAUGGCACAUGAACCUCUUCAUUUACGGAGUAGUUUUGUUAAUUCUUCCUGCUGUCCACGCAAGUCAGCUUUGGUCUGAGGAGACUUUUUAGCGCUGAGACUGUGAUUGAGUAUCUGGAUUUCUGUCCUUACUACUUCAUACAGAUGUCACUGACGUCCCGCAGAGAGGAGAGGUCUUCUUACAGUAGGACCUUGUCAUCUUGUGUUUGACCGCAGUAGUUAGGAAAGUGAAUCUUUAUUAUGGAGUGUCCUGUGCAGAUUCAAAAAGUUGAGGAUCCUAAAUGUAUUGUAAGUAAACGGGCUGAUGUCCUUGCAGUGCAGUGCAGUAUGCUACUGGAAAACACAGCAGGACUUAUUCACUCCAAACACAGUAAAAAACACUUGAUAACCUGGGCAUCUGAAGCUAAUCGAUCAAAUGCAUGUUGUAAGGUCACUGGGGUCUUGUAAAGUUCACUCCACACAUAGUUACAGGCCUGUUAUUAUAAAACUAUCACUAAACAAUCACACUAAGGGGAUAGUUUGUGUCUUGAAGUAACAAAGGUUGUCCUGGAGUGUAUUUCUGAGUUUGAUUGGUCAGUUUUAUAUUGAUAAUGAUGAGCUUACGUCUUUAAAGUCUAAUAAGCAUUUUGCUGCCUUACAGCUGCAGAUUCAAAGCUUGCUUUCUAUCGGUGUAGUAACUAAUUAAACCACAGGCAACGCAAACCUUAUUUCAUAAAUAAAUCAAAACAUCUCUGCUAUAUUUAGCGAAACAUAAAGUGGAAAAAUGAUUAAGGAAACAACCAAAGCAUUAGCUGUGGAGCUGCAGAGUCGUGUCUCUGAACAUCAACAUGCCUCCUCCCUCUUGCCAAUGUGAAUUGGGUACGAUCCUGAAAACAGUAAAUAGAAAGUUUUGGUUGUCUGUCAUAAUUUCAGUCCGUUGUUUAUCUGCUGUGAAUUACCCGAAUCCAAACUGGAUUCUAUGUAAGAAAUCCGCUGUAAAGAAAUGUUACCAUGUUAUUUAUUGCUGAUGUGCUUUGGACUUCGUGGCUCACCUAAAGGUGACAUUUUUAUUAUUAUUAGCCACCAGCAUCAAUGUCAGCCGGAAUUGUUGAAAAUGAAUUUGGAAAAUAUCAAAGUAGAGCACCGACAAGAUCAUUUACAACAUUUCAUAACAACAACAAAAAAACAACAUCUGAAAUACAUUGAACAUCACAGAUAUAUCUGUUAAUGGUGCUUCAUAGCAAACCCAAAGUUCCAGGUGAAAGCAGAGAUGGAUGUAAUCAGUGUCCAAGGGAAGCAUGUUUGUUUUUAGUUUUAAAUGCACCCUCUUUAAGAUGAUCUAGAGUCAGUGUUGGGUCUUCAUUCUGCUCUCUGGCAAUAAUCACACGGUGUGACAAAGUGCACUGUAGCUGUUACUAAUUAGUUUUAGUUUCAGCAGUAUUGUCUAAAAUUAGAGUCGGGUCCUGGAUCGUUUGAGCAGAGCUGCAUGGUUGAAUCACUUAAAAAGGAGAACAAAAGAAAGUCACAAAAUAGAGUAAGUUAGCCAUUUAUUGCCAAAAUAAAAUGGCCAGAUUGUGAAUCAACAGAAAGUUGCUGUAAAAAAUAAAUAAAAUAAAAAUGUAACAUAGCUGCCGAAGCUAUUUCACCAAGGUGCUUGAUGUAUAUAACUAAACCUAUUUUUCAGCCUGUUUGCACAUAGAAAGGAAGAGCAGAGCAAAAAUGUACAUGAAACAAUCAGCACUAUUACUUGUAAAACAUGUAACAUAAAGAUGUCGACACGCUGGAAAUAGAAAACUAUAUUUCUUCUAUUAUGUUUACUCAUCUUCUACAACUAGAACUAGAAUAAUGAAUUUAACACGAACACAUACCUCAUUUCCUUUAUGUUUUCCUGGGUACAUUUAACCAUGAACUUUUUACUCAGACACACUGCUACAGUGAAACAUAUAUUAGCAUACUGCUGGAAAUCAUCACUGUCGGGGAAACGCCCCCCAAACCAUCACUGCUCUUUCAUCAGACACUGUUGUCUAAAUAUAGUCCUGGCUGUAGUUUCUUCUGUGUGGUUGUACCGGUUGAUACAUUUCUUCUGCUUCCACUGCGAGUCACACUUCCAACACUUUGUUUCAAUAAUAAAGACGGUAAGAGGACAGAAUUUAAUCUUGUAUAAACUCAUGCAUGUGUGGCUGAUGGAUUCAGCUGAGUGCUGAUCGCACUCUUUCCACUACUGUUUGAAUACAGAAGGAGGAUGCCAGAGAUAAAUUGUGUGAGACAUAAAACACGUCAUUUCCCUUUUUGUAUAGUUUUACUUUCAUGCACUGAGUGGGUCUCUAUGUAUGCAUGUGCCAGUGUGUCUGUAUAGUGAGUGUUUUUAAAAAGACUUUUACUGGAGCAAAUGUACAACAUGAAGAAGAACGAAACAAUAGUCCAAUCUGACAUUGUCUCUCUGUUUAGCAUUUGAGACUGAGCUGUCUUUCUGACAAUAAUCACCUCAAAAAUUUAAAAUAGCUAAAUCAAAUGACAAUGGAGGUUGUUUUCUUUCCAUUGAUACUUUUCUCUUUAUGAGUGUACGUGGUUGCCAAAUAAAGUCAAUUUAAAAAUAACUUGCGUUAAAAAAAACAACACUGAAAAGAAAUGCAAAUGCUUCAGUGAAAUGACUGUACGAUGACUUUGAUAUUAUAUGUGUAAAGGAGCUAUAGCUUUGAAUAUAUACUUGUGUUCAAAGACUGCAAAGGAAGAAUGUCCACUGUCACACACAUGGAAAGAAAUUUGAAUUGAGAUAAAUUAUCGGAUUGCCCAAUUUAGUUUUUCAGUGGAAAAGAUGGCGGUCAAUGACAAGAUAUGGCGUUUUUUUUUGUUACUUUAUUGUUGUCACAGAGAAGACAAAAUAAUUGGAUUCGAUUUGUGUCGCAAAACAAUUUGAUGAUAAUCCUGAGUAUUGAUCAAGUUCUCCAGAUGUGUGACGAUGCAGCUUUAAACAUCAAGACAGUAAUUUAGGCUAAAAGAAGCUUCACUGCAGAGCUAUGUAACGUGUCAAGAGAGACUGAAAGAAUAAAACAUGCAACUGAGCACCAA